UGGUCAUCGUCAUCAAAUACAAAUAGCCCCCAUUAUUGCCAUCAACACUCCAGUGAUCGGACGACCAACUUGUUCAGAUUACUUGUUAUAUUGCGUUUAAUGGUCACUCAUCUAACUUGUUCCAGGUUUGCCUCAGGAUCAUUCUGGAAACGGGAAUCGCACUUUGUGACCGACCGCUGAAACGUGAGAGCAGUAACGCAGACUCAAAUGUUGAAGAUGGAUAUGAUCAGUUCCUUCAGUGGCACUUUACUACUAAUCCUCCACUCAAUUGUCUUGUCGUCAUCCGCUUUAGAGCCUUAUGAUCUGCUAUAUGACAACGCAAUUGACGCUUUCCACCGCGGUGACUAUACGAAUGUAGCGCGAUAUAUGGAGGGAGCGCUCAGCAGCUUCUCGGAGCUCCGUCAAACUAAAGUGCGAUGUCGGCUCAAAUGUAAGGACCAACAUCGUUUCGAAGCUGACCCAUUCUCGGACCUUAACUUUUUCGACGUGGUUCUGCGGAGAGCCUCUUGUCUGAACGACUGUAUGGAGACUCAAGUGGGACCACAGUCAAUGCACAAAGUCAGCGAGGAUGUCAUCCAGGACUUCAAUAGACGGAUACCUUACAACUACCUGCAGAUGGCUUACCUCAAGUUAAAGGAUCUGGAUAAGGCCGCGUCAGCAGCACACACGUACUUCCAGGCCAAUCCGGAGCAUGUGGAGAUGGGGCGCAACCUGGAGCAGUACAAGAGCCUGCAGGGAGUGGACUCUAAGCAUUUCAUUGACAGAGAAGCCCGGUCACAUCAGAGAGCCUUUGCAGAAGGGGUGAAGCUGUACGAGCAGGGCGAGUAUGGGAAGGCCAUUCCGUUCUUCGAGGAGGCCCUGACGCAGUACUUCAAGGCCGACGUGGAGUGCCGGGCGCUCUGUGAGGGCCCUCAGAGGUUCGUGGAGCAGGACCAUGUGCUCUACCGCUACAGCCUCUACGAGCUCAUCUCAGAUCACUACACGCAGGUCCUGCACUGUGAACACGAGUGUGUGCGGGAUUUGGCCACUCGCCCUGGUCGCCUCUCACCCAUGGAGAACUAUCUGCCCCUACAUUACGACUACCUGCAGUUCGCCUACUUCAAAGAGAGCCGUUUCCAGGAGGCCUUGGCGUGCGCUCACUCCUACCUGCUGUUCCAUGCGGGGGACGAGUUCAUGACUACUAACGUGGAGUAUUACCAGGAGGAGCUGGGCCACGACACAGACCCCCGAGAGGAGGCAGACUGGUACGGCCGACGCCACAAGCAGGAGCUGGAGUUGCUGACGGUGGGCAGCCAAAACAUGGGAGUGGAAUAUUCAGAAGGGAAUUACUGGAGCAGCUCAGGUGGCAGGGAGGAUGCCAACAGAAUCCCCUCUGGUACUGACGGCUGGAUGGAGUAUGUCCCAAUAUCAGAGAAGAAAAACGUUACAGUGACUGUGGUGCAGGAACUCAAAGAAGGAGGACCACUGUUGUAUGAGAAGGUGAAACUGGUCCAGACCUCUGAGUCUCUCAACGGUACCCAGCGUGUCCUGCUGGAUGACGUCAUCUCUGAUGAUGAGUGUGUAGAGUUGAAGAGCCUGGCGCACGCGGUGACCAUUGCAGGAGACGGCUACAGGGGGAAAAUGUCCCCCCACACACCCAACGAGAAGUUUGAGGGGGCCACCGUGCUGAAGACUCUGCAGUUUGGCUACGAGGGACGUGUGUCUCUAAAAAGUGCACGCUUAUUCUAUGAUGUCAGCGAGAAAGCGCGGAAAAUAAUUGAGUCGUACUUCAUGCUCAACUCCACUUUGCACUUCUCCUAUACACACCUGGUGUGUAGGACAGCAAUCACAGGUCAGCAAGACCACAGACAUGACCUCAGUCACCCCAUCCACGCUGACAACUGCUUACUAGACCCAGAGGCCAAUGAGUGUUGGAAGGAGCCACCGGCAUAUACCUGUAGAGACUACAGCGCUCUCCUGUACCUCAAUGGAGACUUUGAAGGGGGAGAAUUCAUCUUCACAGAGAUGGAUGCCAAAACAGUCACAGCUCAGGUGAAGCCUCAGUGUGGCCGUAUGGUUGGCUUCUCAUCGGGAGGAGAGAACCCCCAUGGUGUGCGUGCAGUCACCAAAGGUCAAAGGUGUGCUGUGGCCCUGUGGUUCACACUGGAUCCCCUGUUCAGAGAGCUGGAGAGACUUCAGGCAGAUGAGGUUAUGGAGGCGCUCAACAACGUGCAACAGUGGAAGUUGGACGGUGAUAUCCAAAUCAACCCCAAAGACGAGUUGUAGCACCGAAAAUUGGCCUCGAAUCAUUAUCUAUUUAUUUAAUGAUGGUGUAAUGAGAACAAUUCUAUUUUUGUAUUGUUUGAGAUGGAACGUUUUAUUGCGCGUGCGUGUGUGUGUGUGUGUGUGUGUGUGUGUGUGUGUGUGUGUGUGUGUGUGUGUGUGCAUGUGUGUGUUUGUUGUUCUGAAGUUUAUGUUAAAAAUUAUGGUUUUUUGUUUGUUUGUUUUUAUGUGCACAGCAGUUCUUCAGUCAUUUUUCACGUUUCAUCCCGCUGUUGUGCCUGACCAGUCACUGUCAAUCCACAAAGUUCUGUGACUUUGUAGAAACACUGAAUUGAAAGAUAAAAAUCCUUAACACUGUGCCUAUAGAUUUCAUGUUAAUCUUAGAGCUAGAAUAGUGUGUAAGUAAAGGAUUUAGUGCACUGCAUUUCCAACAGCUAGCUUCCAGCUUUUACAUUUGAAAUAUAGUCGGCAUUAUGUCAGGAAACGAGCCACACUUCUUGGUCUCAGUCAGUUGAGAUCAAGGCUAUGUCACAGAUAUAUAUUAUAACACCUAGUGUAAGUUACCAGUCAGCUACAUUUUAGUACUGUAAUUUCCUGUGUAUUAGCCGCGUUAACCACAGCAGUUUUAUCCUAGUUAAAAAAGGAAACCAUAUCAAUACCAUAUUAAUUGUCCCCAUGUAUUAACCUCAUGGCUGAUGAAAUUUGGAAAAAUCAAUGCAUAAACCUCGGCUAAUAGUUGGGAAAUUACGGUACUGAACUCCAUUAGCAGAUACCAAAACAAAGUGCGAGCCACUGUGUGUUUUAUUGACAAGCAGAAGCAACGUUGGCAUUAUAAAGUUUCCUCACACUGUAAUGUACGUAUUCACCCACUGAGCCUUGAAGACAUGCUUUUCACUUUAACUUGAAUGAUUGAUAUGUUAUGUAAUCAAUGUGUUGUAAUCAGACAUAAACAAUGUCUUUCCAUGGAUAUCAGCAGGCCGUUUUUUUCGGUCAAGGGAUUUGGCUGAAUCUUAAAGGACAUGCCUUUGUGGGACUGAAACCCUAAAAAGGACAGGCAGUCAUGACCACACAGUGAUGGUUGUAAUGUUUUGUUGUGUUGUUUUAUUUUGUUUGUUUGAAGUUUAUUUUCAGAUUUCACAGUCCUUUGUCUGUCAUUUUAUGUGUAUGUGCCUGCCUGCCUGCCUGCCUGUGUGUGUGUGUGUGUGUGUGUGUGUGUGUGUGUGUGUGUGUGUGUGUGUGUGUGUGUGUGUGUGUGUGUGUGUGUGUGUGUGUGUGUGUGUGUGUGUGUGUGUGUGUGUGUGUGUGUGUGUGUGUGUGUGUGUGUGUGUGAAAGUGAUUGAGCGAGUGUGUGUGCAACUUGUGUGUGUGUGGCCAGCAGGAAAUCCAGUAAGGCUAUUCAUGUCGUCGUCAUUUUGUACCUCUCCUUUUAACUGUGUGGAAUCAGGGGUAGAUGACUGCACAGUAGUUGGUAAAACGGUACAUGAGUGAAUGAGAACAUCUGCUUUUGCAGCUGUCAGCAUUUGAUAAGAAGCUUUUUAAAUAAAAGAGGUUAUUUAUUCCUGUUUCAAGGAAUUUUAAAUAUGAUGUGGCAUAUAAUAGUCCUUUCUUUUCAAAAAAUGUCUAGUCACCUGGUCAGUUUAAGUGCACUGUGCUCUUUAAGUAAGGCCUUCAUAGGUUUUCAGUAUUAAGCUUGUAAUCAUUUCCCACAGAUCAUGCUUCAGUUUUGAUAAGGAGGAUGGCCACUUUUGUCUCUGAUAUUUAAAUAUGAGUAUUUAAGUAUUCAAUAUCUCACUUUUGUUAUAAAACAUAUAUAAAUUAAAGAUAUAAAUCAA